CUCGCACUUGAUCUUCAGGCGCCUCUCUACUGCACCACCCAAUACUCGUGCACACACACACACCACUACGCAGUAGCAAGAGAAGAAGAUCUAGUCAUGCCUGCCUUGGAGAAUACGCCGCUUCUGGGAAGCAAUGGAGGAGCUUCGUCUGAGGGUCAUCCCACCUUUCUAUCCUCUUUCAGGUGGAUCAUCACUAGCUCAUGGCUCAAUCUCUUCUGCAUCUUCAUUCCGCUGGGAAUCGUGGCUGAGAAGAUGCAAUGGGAUGCCGUCUGGAUCUUCUCAUUGAACUUCCUAGCCAUCGUGCCGUUGGCAAAGCUCCUCGGCGAUGCUACAGAGCAAGCAGCACUCAAGCUCGGCUCCACCCUUGGAGGUCUCCUCAAUGCCACCUUUGGCAACGCAGUCGAGCUCAUUGUCGGAGUCGUGGCUCUCUUCCAAGGCCAAUUGCGAAUUGUGCAGACUUCCCUCAUCGGAUCGAUUCUGUCCAACAUUCUCCUCGUCCUGGGCAUGUCCUUCGCCUUUGGAGGAGUUCACUUCACCGAGAACACUUUUCAGCAGACGGCCGCUCAGGCCUCCGGCAGCAUCAUGAUGCUCAGCGUCGUCGCCAUCGCCCUUCCCGCCGCAUAUCAAGGAGGCGCAGUUGCCGAGCUCUUCGGCAAGGACCCUUCCACUCAGCCCGGCUCUACCGAGGCUGGUAUCCUCUUCAUCUCGCGAGGUACCUCCGUCGUGCUGCUUCUGGUCUACAUGCUCUACCUCUUUUUCCAGCUCAAGUCACAUGCUUUUCUCUACGAAGGUGAAGAGGGAGACCAAGAGGAGGAGGAGACACCCCAGAUGACCCCACUUGCUGCCGUUGUGGCACUGGGUGUCAUCACCGUCAUCACCUCCUUCUCGGCAGACUACCUUGUGGGCGCCAUCGACGAGACUGCCAAUGAGUAUGGUAUCCCCAAGGCCUUCAUCUCCACUAUCCUCCUGCCCAUCAUCGGUAACGCCGCCGAGCACACAACGAGCUGCCUGAUGGCCUACAAGGGCAAGAUGGAGAUUGCCAUUGGUGUCUCGGUGGGAUCGUCGAUUCAGAUUGCCAUGGGUCUGCUGCCCACACUGAUCAUCGUUGCCUGGAUCAUUGGACAGCCGCUGACCCUCUACUUCCAGACCUUUGAAACUGUCGUCCUCGUGUCUGCUGUCAUCUUGGUCAACUCGUUGAUCCAAGACGGCCGAAGCAACUACAUGGAAGGCAUGAUGCUCUUCAGUCUGUACGUUGUCGCUGCCCUCUGCUUCUGGGUUUCGUAGGACAAGCAAAGCAAAACGUAUGAUCUGGCUAGCAUCUGCGGCUGCUGUAGUGCAUACUCGAUUUCUUCACUUCACCCACCUCACACGCCUUUUAAACUCAUCAAUCUGCCUCACACCGUUGCAUCCUUUAGUCUUGUAUGUUCAUAGCUUUGAGAAACUCUGCCUGACCUAGCUAACAUGAAUCCGUAAUUGAGCGAUCCGUCGCCCCUCUACCGUCUCACUGCCACAAUGCUACCCUGCUUGACCGCAACU